AUGUCUGAUUAUCAAUUAAAUAAUGAAGACCAUGAGGCUUUAGAAAAAUUUACGAAAUUUUUCUUAGUUAAAGCAGCACAAAUUAUUGUACAGUCACGUUUAGGUGACAAGAAAAUAACAAAAUCUAAAGCUGUUUGUUCUGGAAAUGAAUGGUUUCAUCUUUCAAUCAAAGACAUUCCAGAAGUAACUGUCAAUGCCAAAAAAUGUUUAGCCGAUGCUCAACAUCUUCUUAUUAAUCCUCCUCAUCGUCCAUUUUGUGUUGAAAUAUCAUUACGUACACCAGAUUUUCAAACAAUUACAUUAGAAACAUGGUGUAUAUCAUUUGAUGAUUCAAUAUCAGAUCCAUCACAACGUGUUCGUUUUAAUAUUUAUAAUCGUAUGAGUAUUGUUCUUCGAUCUUUACUUACUUGUACACGUGCAACACCAACAUAUCAAUUAUCACGUAAACAAUCAGCUGAUAAAUAUAUUAUUUGUUAUAAAAUGUAUAGUGGAGAACCAAUAGUUAGUCAUCUUGGUGAACAUUAUUCGAAAAAAACAAUUGGAAAUAUUAUAACACCUAUUGGACGUUUUGUAUUAAAUGUUGCUUAUCGAACACGUUUAACAAUGUCAUCAACACCAGUCGAUAAUGGAACAGUUCCGUGUUUUACACAAUUUGGUAUUGAUAUUAGAGAUGAUCAUUUUUCAUUAGGAAAAAAUCAACAUUGUCUUGAAGAAGAUAAUGAUGCUCAAUUACCAUCCAUAGAAAGUUCAAGUAUACCAAAAAGUUCACCUAUUGAAGUAAUGAAACGAAGACAGAUGAGUUCAGAAUCUAUUUCAUCCAGUCAUGGAACACCAGACAAAGUUUAUUAUAGUAAAUUACGUGCUGCAUUUACAACGCCUAGUAACAUUGCACAUUCUUCAUCACAUAUAGGUUUAUAUUCUCGUACGAGUGAUAAUGAUUUACCAUAUGCACUUAUGAUGCAACAACAACAACCACAAUCAAUGGAACAAGAACAAAAUUCUAAAAAUAAUUUUUAUCUAAGUGGUGAUUUCGAUAAUGAAACAGCACCUGAUGAUUUUAUUCUUGUUGAAGUAAAACCAUUUUUUGGUAAAAGUGAUUCAACAGAUGAUUUAGCUUUAUUUAUUCGUUCAUGUCAACAACCACCAAUGCUUGAAUCAUUUGUUAUUGAACCAUCACUUGGUGAAACAAUAAAUCAGUUAACAGAAGAAUUACGUGUAUUUGAAUCUAAAGUUGAAGAAUUUGAUCAACUUGUUACUACAUUAUCAACGACAGAAUAA